UGGAUAAUAACAAAUUCAUGAAAGUGAACAUGUUCCGGGCAUUGAGGCUGUCUGUGAAGAGCGGAAACAAAGCAGGAAUUGAACAGAUUCUAAAUGACGGAAAAGAUGAUAUUAGUCUUUCCAUGGAUGACUGUAGAGAUCUUUUUAAAGAGGCAAUAAUGGCAACAAAUCAUGAAGUUGUUCAGUUAUUAAUUGAUACAAAGAUUUUAGAUAACGAAAGAUGUCCACUAGAAUAUCUAAAACCGUUAGAAGGACGUACCAUAUUUGGUUUUACUGUCCUUGAAAAGUUUGAUGAAGAAAUUAUAAAAAUAUUAUCAUCGAAUGGAUACGAUAUACUUUGCAAUGAGGAAUGUGCAGAACUUGUGACCAAUAUAGUUGAAAGCUUUCAUCCGGAAGAUCGGGCCGAGUUUAAUACUUGUUUAGACAAGCUGAAAAUAAUACUAACUCAUAGUUCUAACGUUUCUUGGCAAACAACAUUUAGAGAAUUACUGUUUAGUAAAAGUAAAUGUCCUGAAUUGAUGGAUUCCGUGGAAUGGUUGAACAAUCACUUUAAAUAUGGAUACGGUUUGUGUCAGUUUAAAACUGUUGAUAAAAUUCAUAUGGAACUUGGAGAAGAGAGGUGGUCUGAUGCUAUUAAUAGUAUAUUAACGCUUGGAAAAGAUGAUGUGAAUACUUAUGUCUAUGACAGUUUCCCGCCAAGUGAAAACGUUCCUAAAUGGACCCUUUUGGCAUAUGCCAUGUUUAAACGUAAUGCUGAAAUUGUUAAAAUGUUAAUUGAUAAAGGCGCCGAUGUGAACAAGCAUUCUGAAAGACUCCAAAAUGGAAGACUGGUUAAGUUUACUCCUUUUGAGUUAGCUGUAGAAAAGAAUGUUCUCGAAUGCUGUCGUCUGCUUAUAGAAAAUGGCGCGAACAUAUUUUUGCAAAGCUAUAACUCUUUGGGUAACAUUUUGAAAAACGCCAUCUGUAAUGGGAAUGUUGCUAUGGUCAAACUUAUUCUUAGUAACCGUUCUUACUCGGAUAAUGACAUCAAGCAAUGCAUUGAUGACAUAGAGCAUUACGACCAUGACGUCACCACCCAGGCUGAAAUGAAAGAGUGUCUGAUAGUGUACAUACGCUUUGGAAAAUCUGACACAACAAAAUCAAUUAAAGCAAUGUUGCUGUUUGAAUACGGUACAGAGGAAGAAGCAGUGAACUUCGUUGAAGAUUUUACUGCCGAAGACCUGAAUGAAGAAAUCCUGCCUGAAACUUUCAAACGAAGCUGGACUCUUCUCACAUAUGCGACAAAACUGAACAAACUAAAAAUAGUUAAAACCCUUUUGGAUAAAGGAUGUGAUAUCCACCAGUUUACAAGGGAAAUGUCAAUUGUUCGCAAUGGAAUAUCAUUUAAAAGCCCCCUCAUGUUUGCCAUUGAAGAAAAUAACAGUGAUAUUUGCGAGUUGUUGCUGAAUCGAGGAGCGCUUAUGGGAACUGAUUUAAGCGUUAAUUCAGUUCUUAGUUGUGCCCUAAGGCAAAAGAAAAGUCAUAUUUUACAUCUGUUAGUGCAACAUAUGGGUGAUGUAAAUGAUGUUUUAGAACGUUAUUGUUACGUUACUGCUACCGAAGGUAGCAUACCAUUACGCGAUGCUAUAGAUUUAUUUAGUUUAGAGUUGGUUUGCUUCAUGUUCCGAAGAGCUCGGAUAUCGCUUAAAGUCUGGAUUAUAUUAGUGCAAAAUUGGUUACAGCGUCGAGAAUCAUUAAGAAGAGGUAUAGAUGAAAGAGGGCAUUGUCUAAUUUACCUGUUAGUGGAUUAUUUAGCGUUCGUUCCGCAUGAGUUAAUCACAGCUCUUGCAAAGGUCUACAAACCAAUUUUCCCGGGGGAUUCGAUAAAUAUGGAAAAACAACAGCUCCGAAAGCGAGUGGUUCGUUGUUCAAGCCUACAACACUGCUGUCGGUAUGCUGUCCGUCAAACCGUUCACCCGUUCACACCGAGCACUGUUGAAUCUCUUGGACUUCCUUUACAGCUCCAGGAGUACCUGCUGGAACAUCCAUUACAGAAAUACCUGGAUUAUCCAGAGUCACAUUAUUAAUUAUGUACAGUUAGAUUAAUGAGCAUGCGCAGUAAGAUUAUUAAUUAUGCGCAGUAAAAAUCAUUACGCUCAUAUAAUAAAUAAAACGUGUUUACUCAAUAAAAGUAUACAUGUUCAUACUAAAUGUACAUGAAAGAGCAAACAGACAGUAGACUCAUUUCUCAAUCGGAACGUCCUUGGCUAUUAUCUAUAAUAACUUCGGAGUUAUUACGGAUUGAAAAAAGUUCUACCACCAAGUUUC